AAACACAAGAAAAGAAACUCAAAAUACGAAAUAUAAAAAAAGGAAAGACUUUCUCUUCAGUUAGUUCAAUCACACACUGAUUCAGAAAAAAAAAACCUUCUAUUUCCUUCUUUUAUCUUCUUCAAAUCUUCGUUUCCUUUCUUAUCUCUCACCUUCAACUGAAAACCAGAUAGAGAGAGAAAGGAAAACAAAAAACUGAACAGAAAAAUAAAAGACAGGAAAAAGACUUAAUCUUUUUUCUGUAUUGAUAUUCUUUAACCGUAUAUUUGCAUAAGCAGGUCUUGAUUUUUGAUGGAUCUGUAGAUCUAACACUUUCAGUAAUUGACAAGAAGAUAGCAUAUACAACUGUAAGUCUUCUUGUUUUCUUUAUUUAAGAGGCAAUUGUUAAAGCUGUGAACUUGGUAUUGUUUUUUUUAUGAUUUCCUGUGGGUCUUUACUGCUAUUUUGUUCAUUGCACAUGUGGUUUUACUGGGUUUUGGCUUUUACAACCUUAUAAUUGACCCUUUCUUUUUUUUGUGACUAUAAUGGGUUAGUUUGACCAUGCUUUUUUGCCCCUAGUUGUGUUCAAAUCUUGAGAGAUUUGUAGUUUGUGGGUUAUGAUUAUCUUCAUUGCUGUUGAAAUUGGGAGUUAUUCUUCCAAUUGAGUUGUUGAUAAAGCUAUGAUCUUGGCUCUCUUCUGUGGUAGUUGAAGUUGUUGUUUACCUGAAUUUCUUGUUGUAUUUGUUACCAAUUUGUAGGAUAAGGGAGUAGUGGUGAAAGUUUUUAGUUUGGACAGUUUUUGCAUCCGUUUGGAUGUUGAGAAAUUGGCGGUAAGCUAAGGGUGAAAUGAGGGAUGUUAUCAAAGUUAAUAAAUUUCCUGAGGGCAUGUUGGCGGCCAUCUUCGGACCGUUAUGUACAUACUGGUCCAGAUUCAGCUGGACGGCAAGAUGGACUUCUUUGGUAUAAGGACAAUGGACAACACUUACUUGGUGACUUCUCUAUGGCGGUUGUUCAGGCCAACAAUUUGCUGGAGGAUCAAAGCCAGAUUGAGUCGGGUUCUUUAAGCUCCCUCGAUUCUGGCCCCUAUGGAACGUUUGUCGGGGUGUAUGAUGGUCAUGGUGGGCCUGAAACAUCACGGUAUAUCAAUGAUCACCUCUUUCAGCAUCUCAAGGGGUUUGCAGCUGAACAAAGUUCCAUGUCUGUUGAUGUAAUACGAAAAGCGUUUCAAGCAACAGAGGAGGGAUUCCUUUCUCUAGUUGCCAAGCAGUGGCUAACGAAACCGCAGAUGGCUGCUGUUGGAUCUUGUUGUCUGGUUGGGGUGAUCUGUGAUGGGACCCUUUAUGUUGCGAACCUUGGUGAUUCCCGAGCUGUUUUGGGGAGACUUGUUAGGGCUACAGGAGAGGUGAUAGCCCUUCAGCUUUCAGCUGAGCAUAAUGCAAGUUUUGAGUCUGUCAGACAGGAAUUACAUUCUAUGCAUCCGGAUGAUCCGCAGAUAGUCGUUUUGAAGCAUAAUGUAUGGCGUGUAAAGGGUCUGAUACAGAUUUCGAGAUCUAUUGGCGAUUUAUACCUCAAAAAUGCGGAGUACAAUAAGGAGCCAUUGUAUGCAAAAUUUCGUUUGCGAGAACCUUUUAAAAGGCCCAUAUUGAGUGCGGAUCCAUCAAUUUCAGUGCAUGAACUCCAAUCAUAUGAUCAGUUUCUCAUACUUGCUUCUGAUGGUCUUUGGGAACAUCUUAGCAAUCAAGAGGCAGUUGAUAUCGUCCAAAAUAGCUCUCGCAAUGGAAGUGCUCGGCGGCUUGUAAAAACUGCACUGCAAGAAGCGGCAAAGAAAAGGGAGAUGAGGUAUUCUGAUCUGAAGAAGAUUGAUCGUGGUGUGAGGAGACAUUUUCAUGAUGACAUCUCGGUCAUAGUCGUGUUUCUCGAUUCAAAUCUUGUGAGUAGGGCCAGCUCACUUAGAGGGCCCUCUAUAUCUCUGAGAGGAGGUGGUCUGAACCUCCCAGCAAAAAGUCAGGCUCCCACUCCCACAUAACUUGAUGUUGUAGAACUGAAGUCCAAUGAAUGAAGAAUUAUUAUGUUCUAUCAUGGUCCUGUUUGCCGUGGAAUUGUAACUUUCUGGUAACUCGAUUAUUUGGUCUUCAUGAUUAAUCACUCAAAAUUACAAAGACGUUUAGAACAGUGCAUCAAGUGCAGCUGUUGCAGCCAAACGCCAUUCAUCUUGCAGCCCAUAAUGUGUUUUUUUCUCCUGGAAAUGGAUUCAUGACUGUUGAUUUUGGGCACUGUUUUCCAGUUUGGUUACCAUGGCAUCGGCCAUGUAUGGACGUUUAUUUUUAGAGGAGUUUCCCACUGGAGUCGCAAUUUAUUUGUGUAUCUUGAAUUUUUGGCACCUAAUAAUCAGCAGUGAAGAAUCCGUUGAUAAGUUUUAAUUUGGCAGUACAGCAUUGAUCA